UCAGUUACAUACUUGCAGUGCAUCUCGCUUACUCGCUUAGACAACUACCUACAUCUGAAAGUUUUUCUAUAUCGUGUUGUGUGCGCGUUUUACUUUUUUUUUUCACAAUCAGUACACGCACGUAUCCGUGAUUGAGGCUUUUUCCUCGUUGUACUAUUUAUAGAAAAUAUACGUAUCUGCAGGACAAAGUCUUGUACAGCCUCCGAAUAGGUCGAUAUAAGGGCAAUACCACUUGCUCCGGGAGUGCAUUUCUUUUGUUUCGCAUCGUGAAUAGAGUGUAUACGUGUGAACAAAAAAAAGGCAGCUCUUUCUGGAACGUACAUUCGAUCGAUAUACACUUAUUUUCAUUGGUGUACGAUUAACACACGGAUAAAUAUAUACCAAAGCUGAAGAUCUAAGUACCAUCAAUCGUCGUAUACAGCAAUACAAUUUUGAGGUUUUUCCCGCGAGAGGCUGAAUUUCGCGUCCAAGAGUAAGAAAAGGGUCUGUAUGUGGUUUGAGGGAUCACCCGUGGAGUUAGCGGGGAACAAACUGCGCGAGGAAAUCGCUACUUUGAUCGAGAAAUCGUUGCUCGAAGCUAUCGGUGUUGAAUGCAAUAGGAUGUCAGCUGUUCCACAAAGCGCUUUUGCGGUUUAUCAGGUGCGCAAGAGCUUCCAGCAGCAAAAGCAGCAGUGCCGAGUCCCCUUUGUCAAGAAGAUCCGCGAAGAGGGAAAGGAGAGAGGCGGCAAAGGCUCCGGCUCCCAGGUUUUACAAGAGGGUCGCGAGCCCACCCCGCUCAAGUACAACAGCAAGUUGAUGAACAGCAUCUGGGGCCUGUACAACCGCUACUCUGUGCACAACUUCAAGAAAAUCGACGCCAAUGACGCGGGACUAUUCGCUUGGAGUGGCCUUCGCAGUGGCGCCCGCACCGCCGAGGGCCCGAGCGCCGGUGUCAUCGGUGCCGGCCACUGAUUGCGAACCGGCCCCGAAACGGGGGAACAAACAUCCCUACUUUGUUGUUGUUUUUUCACACUGCAUCACCAUCGUCUCCCCGGUGGGCUUCAGCGCUGGUCCACCGCAGUGCCAAUCGGUUAUCGGUGAAGGUGUCGAAGGAGAAAGCCAUUGGGUGAUGGUUGUUGGCUGGGGCUCAUGGUUGAAUGAGUGGACCGCUGCGUCGGAGUCGAUGAGAGGCAUAUCAUUGUUGCUUAUCUCGAUGGUGGCCUACUACGUGACGAGGCGCUCGUGCGCCCGCGUCGUUCGUACAUAAUCUAUUUACUUACAUGUGGCUGCUGAUUACGCCUCUAUAUUUUGGGUUAUAAGAGAUACAGAUAUAUAUAUUUACUAAUCAUUACAAUAAUUGAUUGAUAUUGUAUCGCAUAUUAUAUACAUUACAUGUAGUGUCUCUGACCGUGCCUUUGAUGGUUAUAGAGUAGUUUUGCACUUUUUUUCUUGAAAAUUUUCGUUUUCCAUGCAUUUAUAUUGCUAUUAUAUAUUAAAUAUGUUAUUGUAUAUCUACAAAUUGUAAUGUGUUUUGCGAACGGUCAGACGCACGUGGGGUUUUUGCGUUUGCAAAUAUUUGUAUGCUACGAAAAUUUUCAAUAAAUAAACGCUUCCUUAAUUAAUUUCAUGUUUGUCCAUCUUUUCUUUUUUUUCUUUAAUUAAAAUUUUUCUUACACACUUGGGCUUUUACAGUUUUGUACAUUUUUUGUAUCUGUUGGAUCAAAUGUUUUGAGUCAACGUAAUUGCGAUAUGUUUCAUAACAAAUUACUUUGUACUUUAAAAUUAAUUGACGUAAAAUAUUUUUUAUGAAAUGAAUAGCAAUCGAGUAAGAUUUAGAACCAUUCUGC